AACUAGCGAUAGCCAAUCACAAUGAAGCUGCUUGAAUUAUAUUAACCGGCUUAUGUCCAUUAGCAGCAAGUCAAUGGGAGCCUAUAACGGUCUAGAAACGCACCACACAAGAGAUAAGGAAAGACUGCAUAAUUUUUUUUAGUUUUUUACUUGAUAUCAACAUUGAAAAAAGCUUACAACAGUGUAGUAAACCCUGUGGAUUUUAGUUGCCUCUGAAGAUCCGAGGAAGAUACAAGACACAAGGAAGAUACAAUAAUAUUAUCCAAGCAGGAGCUGCGAGUUGUCCCAACAGACCUGCUUUCAACCAUCGAUCUACUUCACUGAUCAAAUAUGGAAGGCGGAGGCAAGGGGGUGACGCUCCAGCUGAUGAUGGCAGUGGGAACAGCUGUGAUUGGCUCGCUGCAGUUUGGCUACAACACAGGGGUCAUCAACGCUCCCCAAAAGAUUAUCGAGGGCUUUUUGAAUGACACAUGGAACAACAGGUACUCUGAACCCAUCCCUGACACAUCCCUAACCACCCUGUGGUCCAUCUCCGUGGCCAUCUUCUCUGUCGGCGGCAUCUUCGGCUCCUUCUCCGUGGGCCUCUUUGUCAACCGCCUGGGCAGGAGGAACUCGAUGCUCAUCGCCAAUGUGCUAGCGUUCAUCGCCGCCGGGUUCAUGGGCUUCUCCAAGCUGGCGGCAUCGUGGGAAAUGCUGAUCAUCGGCCGCUUCAUCGUGGGGCUUUACUCCGGCCUGUCCACUGGCUUCGUGCCCAUAUACGUGGGGGAGAUCGCGCCCACCUCGCUCCGUGGGGCGCUGGGCACUCUGCACCAGCUGGGCAUCGUCACUGGAAUCCUCAUGGCACAGGUGUUUGGGAUGGAGUCGAUCAUGGGGAACUCCACCAUGUGGCCCUUCCUGCUGGGCUUCACUUUCAUCCCGGCCGUGUUGCAGUGUAUCCUGCUGCCCUUCUGCCCUGAGAGCCCUCGCUUCCUCCUCAUCAACCGCAACGAGGAGCUCAAGGCCAGGGAAGUGCUGGAGAAGCUGCGAGGCACUGAGGAGGUGGGCGCCGACAUGCAGGAGAUGAAGGAGGAGGCCAGGCAGAUGAUGAGGGAGAAGAAGGUGACCAUCCUGGAGCUGUUCCGCUCGCCACUCUACCGCCAGCCCAUCUUCAUCGCCAUCAUGCUCCAGCUCUCCCAGCAGCUGUCUGGCAUCAACGCUGUUUUCUACUACUCCACCAGGAUCUUUGAGAAGGCGGGGGUCUCUCAGCCAGUCUAUGCUACCAUUGGGGCUGGAGUAGUCAAUACAGCCUUCACUGUUGUGUCUCUAUUCAUUGUGGAGCGUGCUGGGCGAAGAUCCCUUCACCUCACUGGGUUACUGGGGAUGGCAUUCUCAGCGGUCCUGAUGACAGUUGCCAUGGCACUGCUGGACCAGCUGCCAUGGAUGUCGUACGUUAGCAUUGUGGCCAUCUUCAGCUUCGUGGCCUUCUUUGAGAUCGGCCCAGGCCCCAUCCCAUGGUUCAUUGUGGCUGAGCUCUUCAGCCAAGGUCCACGGCCCUCUGCCUUUGCCGUGGCUGGAUUCUCCAACUGGUCAGCUAACUUUAUUGUGGGCAUGACCUUCCAAUACGUUGAGCAACUGUGUGGCCCCUACGUCUUCAUCAUCUUCACCGUGCUGCUGCUGGGCUUCUUCGUCUUCACCUACUUCAUGGUGCCCGAAACCAAGGGACGGUCAUUUGACGAAAUCGCCGCUGGCUUCCGCCAUGAUGCCGGACAAGCGGGGGAGAAGUACACGCAUGACGAGAUGAACAGCCUGGGGGGAGCCGACUCCCAACUCUAAGCCCUCCGACAACACCGAUACAUACUCACAUACAUAGAUUUGACUAUUUAAAACACUAUAGAACCACACAUUUGGAUAAUGCAUUUAAAAUCAUUGAGCAUGACACAAAAAAAGUUUAAAGAUGUAUUUCCAUUAUGGUCCUCUUUAAAUAAAUUGUUCCAAAAUUUACAAACAUAAACAUACUAGGCAUACUUGGCUUACACAUAUAGCUAACACAUAACAAAUCAAAGGAUAGGAGACAUUGUCGUAGUCAUAGAGCAGGACUCCCUCAACAGAUCAGCGAUCUCAGGCUCCUAAACUGAGUUAGAUGAUGGUUUGAUGAUGGUGAUGCCAGAUGAUGGUGACGCAGUUGAUGCCAGAUGAUGGUGAUGCAGUUGGCUUGCCGGCUCUGAUACAUAAUACAUGGGGUGUUCACAGGGUAUCCUUUUCAAAUGAAUUAUUGGGCAUUAAAACAUAUUGUUAUUACGGUAUUAUCUAUCAUCUAUACACCAAAGACUAAGCUUCACAGUUACUAAGUACACUCUUAGAAAAAAAAGGUGUUAUCUAGAACCUAAAAGUGUUCUUCGACUGUCCCCAUAAGAGAACCCUUUGAAGAACCCAUUUUGGUUCCAGGUAGAACCCUUUUGGGUUCCAUGUAAAACUAUUUCCACUGAGGGUUCUGUACUCCCAAAAGGGUUCUACCUGGAACCAAAAAUAUUUAUCUUAUGGGGAAAGCCGAAGAACCCUUUCAGAAUGUGUAGGACAAUGAUAUCAGCAAAUUUGAAUAUAUACUUUUAUACUAGCAAAUUUAGCAUACAACUCCACUUGAACCUAUUGAUUUUAGAGGGCGACAGAUGAGGAUUCGUAGUCUGUCAAUCAGCAGAGGCAAGACAUUUAGGAAUUUACUGAUUUUAUCCUUGUCUUGCUUGAACAAUACAAUGUAAUGUUGUGUGUGUGUGUGCGUGUGUGCAUGCAAUUGUGUCUGUGUGUUUAUGUGUGUACACACCACAAGUCACUGCUUUAUGUAUAGUGACUUUUUCUUUAGAAUUGGACAAAUGCUGUAAAUAAUAUACAAAAUAAAUCAUUGUAGUUGUAUAACCAGAAUGAGAGUAAAAUCACAUGUAAGCUCUAACUUGUCAGUUACAGAGUUGGGACAUCUGUAUAAUUUUCUAAAACAAAUUAUUUAUUAGUGAACUGUAAAAUUGUAUUGUGUAGCCUACCAAAAAGAAAACGCUAAUCUGUGAGUAGUGCCUAGGGGGAUGGGGAAGUAGGCAGCAGAAUGAGAUUUUUUGUGUUUUCUUUAUCUUUUAUGUAAAAACAAUGUGCCACGACUGCUCUACUGACAGCUCUUCCCCUUUUUAUGAGAUAUUGUAUGGUAACUGGAUAUUUUGCUCAAUAAAAACAA